AUGAAACUCAUCGCGGCGAUAGCUUGUGGUACCGUUGCCGCCAUCGUGAGGGUGUCGGCUCAAGAUACGUUCGAAGCCCCUGAUUUCAAUGUAACCGAAGCCCUCAUCCAGAAUGGGGUCAACGUCUCCGCAAUGCCUGAAUUGGCGGGUCUGGCCAUCCGAUCGUCUUUAAGCGGCUGCUCCGUCGCAUGUGACUCGCUCGAAGUCGUCUACGGUAAAGAAAAGACUGUCCUUGGUCAGUAUGCCGAGUACUGGUCGAACCAACAAGCCGCCGUUGUGCCGUAUUGCACCUUUACUCCCAAGGCCACUCUUGAAGUGUCAUCCUUGGUAUUGAUAUCUCGCCUUACCCAGUGCCCCUUUGCGGUAAAGAGUGGUGGGCAUGCUGCGUUUCCCGGUGCUUCUAGUAUCCAUGGAGGUAUUACGGUUGACUUGAAAGACUUUACCGUGCGCAAGCUGUCUGCGGACCAGAAGACUGUCGCUAUUGGGCCAGGUAACCGGUGGAUAGAUGCAUACCGGUAUCUCACACCGUACAACUUGACGAUAGUCGGUGGCCGAGCCGCACAAGUCGGUGUUGGUGGUCUGACUCUAGGUGGAGGCAUCAGCGAUUUGACAAACGAAUACGGUCUUGCCUGCGACAAUGUCGCGUCCUACGAAGUCGUUACCGCGUCUGGCGUCAUUGUCAACGCGUCUCCCAGUCGCUACCCCGAUCUAUACUGGGCCCUACGCGGUGGCGGAAACAACUUUGGCAUCGUCACAACCUUCCACUAUGAGACUAUUGUACAACCACCCAUGUGGGGUGGCAUGCGUAUCCACGACCCCAGCACCACUCCCGCAUUGAUCACUGCUUUUGAGAACGCCAUCAAUAAUGCCGAAGAAGAUACGAAGCUCGCACACGUAGUGUCAUUUACAACAUACGAUACUUACCAACUCGCGUUUACCGAACUCGAAUACCUUCUCCCAGUCGACCUCUCGAACCCUCCUGAAAUCGCCAGGGAGUAUCUCAGCAUCCCAUUCAUGCAAGACAAGACGAGCAACAGUACCCUCGAAAAUCUGACGCCACACCGAAGCGACGAUAUGCCAUCUGGUUUCCGCACCUCCAUGUGGUCUGCGUCAUUCAAAAUGAGCGCCAAGCUCAUUCAAAAGAUGACCGACAGAUUCUUUGAGGUGGCACCCGGUCUGCCUGCCGUCUCCGUGAACAUUGCAUUCCAAGCGUUUUCCAAGCCAGCGCUACAAGCGAUGCAAAAGAAAGGUGGUAACGCCCUCGGGUUGUACCCCGAGAACGGCCCGUUCUUUCAUGUCUUGGUGUACAUGGCGUGGAAUGAGUCUAGCGACGACACAACGAUGAUGAGGGCUGCUCAGUCCUAUAUCGAGACGUCCAAGGGUAUGGCUAGGGAGCUGGGCGUCGAUAACGAGUACUACUACAUGCCGUAUAGCAGCGGAUAUGAGCCUGUGGUGUCUGGGUAUGGAGAGGAGAAUAUGGCGAGACUAAGGGCUAUAUCGCACAGGUAUGACCCGAUGCAAGUUUUCCAGAACCUGCAACCAGGUUACUUUAAGCUUGACGGGAAAGCACCGCUUGGUGCGAGUCUUUGA